CCAGUUUAAAACAAGGACAAAAAAAAAAGUUGUCGGGUGAACGAUAGAGAGAAAAAAACUGAAGCCGUCCCCUCCCCUCAGAACAGCGGGAGAGAGGGAGAGCGUGUGACAGAGGAAGAGAGUACCGACUGAGUGAGCGAGGGCUGCGCGUGAGGGAUAUCCCUCGGCACUUUCCCACUAAACCAGUGCAAAGUUGUUUUUGACGUUCCCGAGCAACUCACGAGAAAGUGUCACCGUGCGCUCUUUUUGGCACUAUAGAUUUGAGACUGAGAGCUGAAGACGAAACGACAGCAUGAUGUGCGGAUUUCUAUGCAGGCUUGGUGUGUUGUGGACGUGUGUGCUGACCGCGCUCUCCCAGUCCACGGCCCAGAAACCAGCUGUAGGGCGGCGCUCUCGGCAGGCAGAAGGGGAGGAGCUGGUGGGGGUGUGGUCUUCAUGGGGCGAGUGGGGGGAGUGUUCUCAGACCUGUGGCGUGGGCGUGUCUGAGAGAAGGAGGCAGUGCUCACCUCCUCCACAAGUCCCGCCUCAGACAUGGCCUGGCUCCGCCUACCUGCCCCCAGGUGUUCCAAAUCACUCCCCUGUCAUCUCAGCACUCCGCCCCUACCUCCCCUCCAUCUACCCUGGAAAUGAUCUGCCCCACUAUGGAGGGGUAGGCGGGGGCACCAGGCAGCCAUUGUACCCCCCUGUCCAGCCGGCCAAUUCCAACACUGGAUUACCUCUCUACCGCAGUGACCCGGUAGUGGGCGGGCCAAGCCAGCCCAGCCAGCCCAAUCACGCGGCUCCUUUCUAUCCGCCAGCCAAUCAGGACCCGGCGUCUGUUUAUCGCCCUUCGUCGUACCCAUCAUCAGGGUCCUCGCCGGCACUUAGUUAUGGCCAAUCAGGACGGGCAUCCAGGCGACCACCAAAUCACGGGCCAGGCAGGUCUGGAGGGGGCGGGAGCAGGAGGUCAGUGCCCAAUAAUCGGGACUCUUUGUCUUACAGGAGGUCCAGUCCCCACAUUCGUCCGGGGCAGUUUGGCUACGGCAGAGUGCCCUUCUCUCUGCCGCUGCAUCGGCCCAGUCGCCACACGCGCCACACCCGUCGCCACGGCAACAACACUGCCACGCCCGCCGCGGAAUCCGAGGGGGAGGGGCUUCCCUUGAGCGAGGAGUCGCACGAGAGGAGAGGGGCGGGGCUGAGCGUCAGGGGCCACAGAGAGAGGAAAGAGGAGAGGAGGAGGAGACAGGAGAAGGAGAAGGAGGAGGAGGAGGAGGAGGAGGGAGGGAGCGAGAGAGCGGCCACCAGCUCCACGUCCGCAGCUCCAGCCCGAACCAGCCGACCCGACGACAGCGAGGGGUCACGGAGGACAGGCCUGAGUGCGCACGCUCGCUCGUACGCGCACGCGGCGGACACACACAGGCCCACGCACACUCUCACAGACACACACCAGCAGCAGCAGCAGCAGCAGCGCCAUCACGGAGACCGGCCUGGAGCUGGCGCACCUGUCUACCCGCCCCAGAGGCACACACCUGGGCAGGUGCCCGCGGACAGGCAGGUGAGCCGCCGGCCCCGGCCCCCCUACGGCCUCCCGCUGCACCAGCCCUCCCCGCCCCAGUCCCCAGCCGCUGCGGCCCCCCCCAACCACCACCCCCACCCUGAUGUGUGGCAGCCCCCACAGCACGGCCUCGGCGGGGGCAGCUGGAGCCCUCAUCUGCCCCAGGGCAACUACAAAUGCCCCGGCAAGGAGUUGGAGCACCGCAGGUGUGCCGGAGAGUGUGUGUGUGUGUGUGUGUAUAUGUGUGUGUGUGUGUGUGUGUGUGUGUGUGUUCCAGUGGGUACAGAGCAGCAGUGUGAGCUGACCUGCAGGCCAGUGGGAUAUCGGUUCUAUGUGCGGCAGGCGGAGAGGGUGAAGGAUGGAACGCCGUGUGUCAACAGCACCACCAACGAUGUGUGUGUGGGAGGACGCUGCCUGACCGAGGGGUGUGAUGGUGUGCUGGGGUCAGGUCAAGUCAGAGAUAAGUGUGGUGUAUGUGGCGGCCACGACGGCUCCUGUCAGAGAGUGACCGGAAGUUUCCAGAACACCAGCGUUCCCCUGGGUUACCACCGCAUCCUGGACAUUCCCGCAGGGGCCACCGCUAUCAACAUCACAGAGCGUAGCGCCAGUCCCAACUACCUGGCUCUGCGCAGUGGUACUGGUCAGUCUGUGGUGAAUGGCCGCUGGGCAGUGGAUCCCCCUGGAGAGUACCAGGCAGGGGCCACCUUCUCCUAUGCACGGCCUAAGGCAGGGCCUGAGGGCCGGGGAGAGGACCGGGGAGAGACCCUUACAGCGCCAGGACCUACCACCACCUUACUGCAGCUGUUUAUCAUUUUCCACAAGCAGAACCCGGGGAUUGACUAUGAGUACUACAUCCCAGUGGAGCAGAAGGGAGACGGAGAGAGAGGGAGGGCGCCACUCCGAGAGAUUAGUGCUCUCACAGUCACCUCCGAGGUCCCCAUCCCUGCUCCCCCCAUCUCCUCCUCCCCCUCCUCUCCUGCCAGAUGGACACCCGACAGGUCCCGCCCACGUGGUUUAGCACCCAAUCGUAAUGCUCGAAUUCCCCCACGCACCGAUAUACCAUUGGACAACCAGCCAACAUUCAUAUGGAAGAAGGGCCCGCUGACAGACUGUUCUGCUUCCUGCGGAAAAGGGUCCCAGCACAGGGUCAUUGUUUGUGUGAACCGUCACACAGAACAGGAAGUCCCUGAGAGGAGGUGUGACUCAGCUUCCAAACCCCUUCUAGAGGAAGAGCCCUGCAACGUGCACCCAUGCCCCCCAUUCUGGGAGGCGGGCUCCUGGUCGGACUGCAGUGUGACGUGUGGCAGGGGCAUUCAGCAGCGGCAGCUGCAGUGUCGGCUGAGCUUCGGUAACCGCACCACCAUGGUGCACCCCCAGCGUUGCGCCAGCCUCCCCCGGCCCAACGCCACCCAGCCCUGCCAGCUCAAAGUCUGCUCCCAGUGGGAAGUCAGCUCUGACUGGAGCUCCUGCUCAGUGGAUUGUGGAAUGGGGAAGAGGACUCGGAAUGUUCGCUGUGUGAGUAACCAAGGCGACAUUAUGAGUGACGGUGCAUGCAAUGCCAGACUCCGCCCACAGAGAAGUGAAGACUGUCACAUGGGGCCGUGUGUCACCAACUGGUACUUCACGGAUUGGACAAACACUUGUUCAGCAGACUGCGGUCCAGGCAUCCAGCGGAGGGAGGUGGUGUGUCUGACACGUGGGCGUGGCCGAGAAGGCGGCGGGACUGGCGACUGUGUCGGGGAGAAACCUCGCGACAUGAAGGCCUGCAACGGGGGACCCUGUCAGCCCACAGCCAUGUGGUUCACUGGACCAUGGGGACAGUGCAGUUCACCAUGUGGAAACGGAACCCAGCGAAGAGACCUCAUCUGUGUCCAGAAGAUUGGGAGCGAUUAUACUAUGACAGCAGCUAGCCAGUGUGCGCACCUGGAAAAGCCUUCCCCAGUGCAGACCUGCGAGCUGUUCCCCUGUCAACCGCAGUGGUUCACCACAGAAUGGAGUGCGUGCUCUCGCACCUGUGGCGAGGGAAAACAGGUCAGGGAGGUACGGUGUCUCAGCCCAGACAAACAGCACAGUUUGGACUGUGAAGAAGACACCAAACCACCACAGGAGCAAGACUGCAAUAUUAUACCUUGCAGUCCACUAGUUGCAGAUGAGAACUGCAGAGACGUUCGUCAUAACUGCAUGAUGGUGGUCCAGGCACGCUUGUGUGUCUACUCCUACUACAAGACGGCCUGCUGCGCCUCAUGUACCCAGAGUGCUAUGCGGGCCAAAAGACACUGACCUGAGCAGCAGCAGAGGUCCACCCAUUACCCACCCACCCGCAGGGGGCCGGUGGAGGAGUGCAAGCCAUGCUGUGAUUGGCCACGGACAGUACUUCAUGCCUGAGCUCGACCAAUCACAGACUAGAACAGGUAUAAUCCCCAGGAGAUAGCCAAUCAUAAACCUGCUUGGUGGGAGUGACUCCCAGCAAAAGUGCAGACGGAGGAUUAGUUUACCUUUACCCCAAUGCCCUCACCUUUCACCCCAGGCUACGAGCCAGCGCUGGGCCCAGACCUACGACCUUUCUGACACCUAUACAAAUCCAGUGUCAUAUCUGAUGCCUAUAUGACACCUAUACAAAUCCAGUGUCAUAUCUGAUGCCUAGCUGACACCUAUAAAAAACCAGUGUCAUAUCUGAUGCCUGUCUGACACCUAUACAAAUCCAGUGUCAUAUCUGAUGCCUAUCUGACACCUAUACAAAUCCAGUGUCAUAUCUGAUGCCAAUACAAACCAAGUGCCAUAUCUGUGUGACGCCUAUACAAACCUUGCAAUCAAGCAGAUAUGCACAUUGUCAGUAUGUGCAACGUUUUUUGUACUUGUAUAUGUAUAUUUGUAUAUGCCAAAAAAACAAGCAGUUGUUUUCUGUGUAGGUUAGAUUGUAGGUCAUCCAGAAAGCAAAACAAACAAGCAAAUAUUAAAAAAGUUCAAUAAGAAUAAAUAACUGAAUGUAGACUUCCCCUCUACUGGAUAAAACUCAGAACUUAAACUGUUUUGAGCAGUUUUUCUUCCCAUUUAAUUGAAUGUAAGUAACCCCCCCCCCCCCCCCCCCCCCCGCCACCCCAUCAACUUAAAAACACUUAAGGAAUAGCGUGCCAAAAACAGAGCAAUGCUAAUCUUUAAAGGGAUAUUCCACAUUUGGGGAAAUACACUCAUUUUCCACCUCCCCUUGAGUUAAACAAUUGAGUUUUACCUUUCCCCAGUUCAUCCAGCCGUUCUCUGAG